AUGCGUAUCGGCGAGACGCUCGGGUUCAGCAAGACGGCGACGUUCCUUGCGACGGUGACUGUCCAUGAGCUCGUCCAAGUCCCGCUCCUGAACGCCAAAUUCCGCAUCAAGUGGAAGUUCAAAGGCGCGACGCACUCGUCCGCACUCGACGACCCCGCCAACUCGCAUCACUCGGCGCGUGCGGCCGCUGGGUUCGCAGAGGCGAGCAGGCGGUUCCUCCAUCCGAGGACAGCCGCGCUCUCUAGCUCGCAGGGAUCGUCGGCUUCAACGUCGGAUGGAGGCGUGACAGAGAAGGAGGGGGAACUGUCGAGGUCGAGGAGCGGGUCGCCGCUCGGGAUGGCCUGGUCGUCUGAAGAGGGCGAUGAUGCGCGGACAGCAACAGGCGGGAGACCUCUCUCGCGAGGCAACACUCCGCCUGUCAGCCCUGACCAGGACCCUCGCUCGCGCUCGACUUCGCGUGACGGCGGCGGAAUGGCUUUCACCUCGCCGUUCUCGAAGGACGGGCACGAGACGCUCUACACUUCGCCCCCUUCUGGCUCGCGGUCCGGCAACGGAACGCCUCACGAUAGUCAUCCUGCCUCACCCGACGGACCAGACCUGAUGCGACGGCGAGGCGCAGGCGACCUUUCCUCCAUGCCGCACACUUCCCCUCCCUCCGGCUCGAGUUCCCGCAAUGUCUCCGGCCCAACCGCCAUCGCCCACCGUCCCGAACCGAAAGGCACGACGACCUUCGUCCCGCUCCGCUCGCACACGGCCACCUUCAAUCGUGAAAUCACCUGCCCCGUACUCGUCACCCUUCGAGCGGUCGGCGGCGGCAAGUACGAGUUGCAGACCUCGCCUGUUCGGUUCGCGAUCAAGCAGGAAGUCGUACUCGAGGACGGCAAGCGCGAGGAGGAACGGCUGGGAGAGGUCAUCCUCGACUUGAGCCAGUUUGCGAAGCCGAAUGGGGCAGCGGCGGACGGGGCCAAGCCGAGGCGGUACCUCUUGCAGGGAUGCAAGAGCAAUGCGGUGCUGCGGGUUUCCGUCAAGAUGGAGUGGCUUGAUGGCGAGCGGAACUUUGUCGCUCCUAUACCACGAUCAGCGCAAAUCGCGACUGGCUCGCCUGCUGCGAAGGGUCUCGUCUCGACGACCAACUCGCCUGCUAGUCGCUCAACUCUUUCCUUGAACCAUAAAUCUUCCGCGACCAACCUCAACGGCGCAUCGACCCCGAACGGCCGACCACGCACCUCUUCCUCGACCACCUCGACAUCCGCCUCGCGCUUCUCCCUCCGUCGCACCAACUCGGUCUCGUCCGCCGGCUCUUCGAGUCUCCAGAACGGCGCCGGCUCGCCCGAGAUGUCUCGCACCUCGUCUCGACAAGGUCCAGCCAGUGACCGUCUUGCGGUGCCCGGCUCGGCCAGUCGGCAGGGAAGUGGCUCGUCUGCUUCGACCUCCGCCGGCUCGGCGCUCUCGAUCUCAACUCCUGGCGGGCGGAACGUGAGCAAGAAGGCAAAAGGACGAGGGAAGGACAAGGACCACAAGAAGGGCGGGUGGCAUCCCCCUCGAUCGAGCGUUGUCGGCGCUUUCGCCUACUCUACAGCUGGAUCGGCCGCGCCGUUCGAGACGGGUGUCGGAGCGAGCACAGGGACUGCGACGGACCGCUCGGCGACCGACGUGAUUGACGCCAUCUUCAAUCGGCCUGCUAGGCCUACUUACUCGACUCGACCGAGUUGGGCGGUCGAGCGCAGCGAUACCGAGGGAGGAGGAAGGAUGAGCGGGACGUCGACGCCGACAGGCCGGCUCGGCGCGCCGUUCGAAUACCCGCAAGGCGAUGCGAAGCAUCACCACCAUCUCGGCAUCAACAGCCACCACUUUGGCUUCGAUCGCUUCAAGGGGAAGAAGGGUGCGCCGAAGGAGAAGGAGGAGGGCAAGCGCGUGCCGUCUCGAGCGUGGUCGAUGCGGUCCGUCUCUGGCUCGAACAACAAGGAGAAGGAGAAGGAUCUUCAGGAAGUCGUCAGUCCUGCGGGCGUUGCCGCUCUUCCGACGUUCCCUUCCGCGCGCGAGGACCCGCCAACCCCGAUUGGCGCGACGUAUGCCCAGGUCGAGGCGCCGUCUGUGCGGAAGAAGCAGGACGAGCGGGCGAAGCUCGUGCGCGAUGUGACUUACGAGAUCGGCGUUGCGCGAGGUGAACAGCAGUGCACGUAUGAUGCGCUGGACGGCGAUACGAGCUCAUCGGACGAUGGAGAUGGGCGCGACGGGCGGGCGGCGAGCGCGAAAGGCAGGAGUCAUCCGCCGGGACCGUCAGUCGAGGUACAGCCGCCGACACCGCAGAUCCCUUUCCCUCGCACCGACUCGUCGCCAGCACUCACAUCACGAGCCACGAUGCGUCCGAAGCCACCCUCACCGUCCUCAUCGGCUCAUUCUUCUGUCGCCAACUCGGCGAAGCCGCUCUCAGUUCGGUGGGGUGACCAGUCGACCUCCGCCUCUUCCUCUGCGGGCUCUACCUCUACCUCCGCCGCGCCAUCUCCCGCGACUUCCGUCCUUCCGAGCCCUAGUCAUCGCCAGCUACGCCACCAACGCUCGACCGAUUCUGCUCUCUCAGUCGAUCGGCAGAGUACGCGGUCAGCUCCGCUCGACACGCACUCAUCGGCUUCCAGGCAGUCAAGCAACUCUCGUCUCGACCCACCGCCGUCCCGCCCGACAUCGAGCCUCUCUUUCAACUCGUUCGUGACGCCGCCUUCUCCGCCGCCCGUCAAGGACAAGCGGCACAAGUGGGGCGUGCUCGGGGUCAACGGCGGGCGUAAGGAGCGCGAGAGGCGGAGCAUGGAGAAGCCGGGAGAGAAGGCGCCUGGCGAUGUCGAGUGGGGGAAGAGCUGGACGUGA